CGCUAUCAGUGCUCCGACAACGUUUGGCUGUUCUGGUCGUUUCAGUGUUCGAUACUUGCAGUUUGUUCGAAAACGUGUGGAGAAUAAAAAAAACUCGCGAAGUGCAUCAGUUUUUUUUUUUUUACAAAAUAUCUAUUUUUUUUCUUUAUUACACAGUGAUUAUUUUAACAUUGGAAUAAAUCAUUAUUGAACGCAGCGACGGUACGACUUAAUCCUCAUUUUUUUACUUUACGAUGGAAUUUAACCAUAGCAAAAUACUUCUCAACGGAAUGGGCCAACGUUAUGCGUCUAAGGCAACGCGAUUUAUUCGGGUCAAGGGUCAGAGGUGUUCAAAGGGUUUGUCAAAACACUGAAAUUGAUGAUCAAAGAAGACGACAAGAGCGAAACAAGUGAUUUGACGAGGAAGAAGUUUGGCGGAAUGGUCGCGCGAUCGCGAUGACGGUGGCCGCAGAGUUUACGGCGGACGCGGACGACGACUAUGAAGCGGCGUCGAUGCAGCCGUCUUACGGCUACGACGUUGUUUGCUGCCACCUUGUUCGUCACCGUGCUGCUGCAAUUAUUGACACUGCACGGUACUUUGGCCAACAGCUUGUGCGACACGCCGCAAUGCCACUGCGAUGACACGCAGUCACAGGUCAAGUGCUCGUGUAGGAACGCCCCUCAAGAACCACAAGAGAUAGUUUUGAAAGCUCAAGGAGUGGGACAUAUUCCUAGGAUUGCAACCAGUGUAUCAAUAAUUAAUUGUGAUCGAGUAAUGGUAAUGCCGAUGGCGUUUGACGAAGCAAAGUCGCUGUACACAGUCGAAAUUGGAUCUGUGCGCCAACUGGAAGUAUCUGAACGAGCAUUCAGCUGGUCUGAGAUGGUCGUUCCUAGUACUCAACAUCAUCAUCAACAAGGCUUAUCAGUGACCGUUAUUAACACGACUGUGUUGGAAUUACCGAGUUACGCUUUUCGCGGUCGUUUGCGGUCAAUUGCAUUCAUGCGUGGCCGUAUUAACAUUAUAAAGCCGUUCGCUUUCAGCAGCUUACACGGUACAACUGCGCGAAUCGAGUUCCGAGACACUGUUUUCGGUUUAGUAGAGCAACAGUCGUUUAAAAAAUUUACCGUCAAAGAUUUUGUGUUAAAGUCUUCCAGUUUUGAAGAAGCCGUACCCAGUCGCAUGCUCACUGAAAUAACGGUAACAGACGAACUACGCGUAGAAGGCGUAGAUUUCGGUCUAAUAAGAAGCUAUGCGUUUAAAGUGCACGGGCCUAAAAUGUUCCGGGUGCAGGAAUGUCGAGCUUCUUGCGUGCAAAGCACAGCUUUUGAAGUGACUUGCCGAGGUCCAGCAUUUAUAGAAGACAAUUGGUUUGAGAGAAUUGAACGAGGUGCAUUUGUUGCUGUUACACUAGAUUCGCAUAAAAUUGCAGAAGAGGACUACCAAGAAUUCGUUUUCGAGAAUAACACCGUGGUGGACUUUGAGGACGACGCGCUUGUAAUAGACACUGCAGGGUUUAAGCCACGACUUGAUUGGCUUACUGUGGGAAAAAUAUGUGACUGCUCGACCAGAUGGCGAGAUAAUAUGGUAGCGUUUUCAAGGCAUUACCCGCAAGAUACCACCCGACCCGGAAACUUAGUCGAGCAAGUAUCAUGGUGCUGGUUGGUCGAGGAUGGACAACGUAGGUUGAUCAAAGCUAAACAACACGGAGAAGCUAAUUGCGUAGGUGGAAUAGCAGAUGCUCGAAGUAGCGGUAUGGGUGCAAUGCAUAUGACAGGUAUAGCUGUGUUAGCCGUAAUAGCUCUUACAGCUACCUUGGUAUGUUGGACGUGGUAUAAACGACGGCAACGAAGUCAGUGGACCAACGUGCCUGGAUCAUCACCGAUAAAAACACGCUCGAUAUUAAAAAAUAGGUCUAGACAAGACAGAAGUAAUACACGCCAUCAUAUGAUGGUUAUGCCCGAGGGAAAGACUUACCGCGAAACAGAACUACACGUGAUUGUAGAACGAGCCGGGUCAGCAGAGGGCUUAUGUCGAUCAAAUUUCAACCAAAGAAUUCAACCUUUAACCAGUGAUUUAUAAUAAUUAUAAUGAUAAUGUAAACUCUCCUACUAUUAAUUAUUGUUUUAUUCCAUUUCCCCUUGUAAAUAAUAAGAAUUUAUUCUUAACAAUACCAUAAUUUUAUAUUAAAUUGUAAAUAAGGUAUUAUUUAUUUAAUUAUUCAAAUAAUCAUAAGGUAUUGUUUUUUGGAUUUGUAUUGUUUUAUUUUUUAGCCGAAUGACUGAAAUUGUACAGCGUAAAAAAUAUAUCGUAUUGAAUAUAUUAAAUUAAUCAAUAUUCAAUUGAAGAGAUUUCUAUGAUUAUUUAUAUUUUUCAAUAAAGAAUUGUUGGUUUUACUUUAA